UGGAUGCAGGGUGUGGGGAGAGCGGAUAUAGUGAAUGCAGGGUCCGGGGAGACCGGAUAUAGUGAAUGCAGGGUCCAGGGAGACCAGAUAUAGUGAAUGCAGGGUCCUGGGAGAGCGGAUAUAGUGAAUGCAGGGUCCGGGGAGAGCAGAUAUAGUGAAUGCAGGGUCUGGGGAGACCAGAUAUAGUGAAUGCAGGGUCUGGGGAGAGCGGAUAUAGUGAAUGCAGGGUCUGGGGGAGAGCAGAUAUAGUGAAUGCGGGGUCCGGGGAGAGCAGAUAUAGUGAAUGCAGGGUUUCCGGGGAGAGCAGAUAUAGUGAAUGCAGGGUCCGGGGAGAGCAGAUAUAGUGAAUGCGGGGUCCGGGGAGAGCAGAUAUAGUGAAUGCAGGGUUUCCGGGGAGAGCAGAUAUAGUGAAUGCAGGGUCCGGGGAGA